UCGUCACAAUUGAUGGCUGAUCAAUUAUGAACAUUUUCAAAAAAUUCAAAGUGACGUUCAACCUGAAAAAUCCCAGCAAAAAGGACAAGAAUAAGGGCGAAAGCGAUAUUCGGUGUCUCAAGUACAGAAUAUGUUCCGAAUUCACGACAGAGCAUGUCUUUGAUACAAACCCAAGUCAUUUACAAGACAAACCUUUCACCCCAACACAAUCAAGAAAGUUGCAAACUAAAUCACAAUCUGAAAAUAAUAUAGCUCUGCAGACGCUCUCAUUCGAAACAGUAAAACCCGAUAAGGAGGCAUUCAAGAACAGUUUAUGGCCAUCUGACAGCGAAAUACAAAACAAUGCGAAACUGAAAGAAAUUGACACCUCAAUUACAAUAAAUCCAGACAUAACAAACACGUCAGAACAAAAACUAGACGAAAAUCAAGUAGUAGUAAAACCGAAAAAAGAAAAAGGAAUCCUAAAAAAUAAAAAUGAAAAGGUAGAAAUAGUGAAAAGAAACCCGGAAGAAAAACAAUUGUAUGAUGAAGAUCAUUACGCCAGAACAAACUUUAAUGAAGAAGUUACUUAUGAACAAUAUGAGCCAAUUGAUGACCAACUUGGAGUAGAAGAUAUUUACUAUUUUGAACAGAAACCGAAUGAAAAUCCUAGCCAAUAUGUAGUUCAUAAUAAUCGCACUGUUCAUUUCACAGAAAGUGACCAUGAGUAUGAGGUGCCUAUCCCAAAACAAGAUCAGAGAAUAAUAGCAAACCCGGUUUACAAUUUGACCACACAUCCGAAGCUGAAUCCAACAAUUCAAGGAAUAGAUGAUGAACACGCUAGAAGUAUUGGACUGAACAGUUUUGGAAACGCUCAAAAACUCAAAUAUCCAGGCGAUUAUAGUAUGGAAGCUGCAAGUAUAUUUUUUGAUAAUCAAAAUGAUUACGAGUGCUAAUAUGGGGCCAAAGGUUUAGGAAUAGGUUAAAAAAUAAUUUUGUAUUAUUAUUCUGUUGUGAUAUUCACCAUAAGGUAAAAUGAUAUUGAGUAAAUUUUUAAAAUAAACCAUUAAAUCGUAA